AUGUCCGAAAACGCUCCCCCUUCCCCCAAAGUCGCCGCAGCUCGCAAGGUUGCAGAGGUCGAGAAGCAAGCUACUCUUCCAUCAAGCCCAGUCAAUGGCACGGGCGCUGCUAGCAAACAGAAGAAAACACCAUCCCCCGACAUGCUUGCUGGUCAAGCUUCGUCUGCAGAUCUCUCCUCCCCACCAGAAUCGCCAGGCUCCAAGAAGCGAGCACUUGCCGACCCGUCGACCGCAGCAGAGCCCAGCCCCAAGAAAGCAAAGGCGCCCUCCCCCAUAGCCGAGAUCGAGGAACAUGCAUCGCCUGAUUCAGACACCAAGGACGACAAUGAUUCCUCCCCUCCACCAGCUUCAGACUUCAAGAUUAGCAAAGAGAACUGGCAGGGCUUCUGUGAGAUCGAGUCUGACCCGGCCUACUUUUCCGUCAUCCUGCGCGAGAUGGGUGUCAAAGACGUCGCUGUGCGCGAGGUCUUCGCCAUGGAUCCCGCUAUCCUCGAUAUGGUCCCUCACCCUAUCCACGGACUCAUCUUCCUGUUCCGCUACCGCGAGUUCGGCAAUGAGGACCAGGCCACCGACGCCCCUGAAGAUGUUUGGUUCUGCAACCAGCUCCCAGCCCAGAACAGCUGCGGCACCCUCGCCAUGCUCAACAUCAUCAUGAACAAGCCUGAGCUCGACAUUGGCGAGCAUCUGGUGCAAUUCAAGGACUUUACUCAAGACAUGUCCUCCGUCCAGCGCGGUGAGGCCCUCGCUAGCUUCGAUUUCGUCAAGCAGAUUCACAACUCCUUCGCCAAGCGCAUGGACAUCCUCGAGAACGACAAGCACCUCGCCGCAAAAGCCAGGCGCGCUGAGCGCCUUAAGGAGCAGGCCAAGAAGGGCAAGUCUCGUCGCAACUCUGCGGAGUCGGCAGCAUCCGAUGACAGCACCGACUCUUUCGAAGAGAAUGGUCACCAUUUCAUUGCAUUCGUCCCCGUCGGUAGUGAAGUCUGGAAGCUCGAUGGCAUGGACGCUCGGCCGACCUGCGUCGGCACCUUCGAUGCUGCUGUCGGCGAGACCUGGCUGUCUGCCGCGUCCGACACCAUCAACACGCUGAUGGCUGCUGGCGACAGCGACUACGGCGUACUCGCCGUCUCCCAGUCCCCGCUGUCUUCGCUGCGUGAGAAGGCAACACUCACCAUCAAUACCUUGGUGGCCGUGGAGGCGCGACUCCACGAGGUCGAUCCGACCUGGGUCAGCUCUGAUCCGCCGCCGAGCCCCUCCUCCCUGGGCAUCGAGCAGCAGCUCUUCGCCCGCCACCCGGUUCACGCCGACACUAUGGCGCUGGUCGCCGUGGAGGAUUCGGCAACUCUUCUGGCGCGUCGCAGCGCAUUGACGGAGGAGUUGGGUGGAGUGGUGGCAAGCAUCGGCGUUGAGAUGGAGGAGGAGGAUGCGGAGGAGCAGAAGGCGAGGCAGCGCCGCUUCGACGCCGGGCCGGUGUUGAAGAAGUGGUUGGAGAUGUUGGCCGGCAAUGGCUACCUGGAGGAGAACCUUGACCGGUUCAUGGAGAAGUGA